UUCACUCCGGCUGGAGUCUUCUCUCCCAGAGCUGCUCUGCACACCGGACAUCUUCAUCCGGCUCCUCGUCUCCUCUGUCGAUUCGUCGGGUGUCUCAGAAACCGGAGGCACUUCUGGACUUUCUCUGCAGGUCCGAGCCGACUCGCUCUGUGGAAGAACAUGGCCGAGGAUGAGGCGCUCAGUCAGUGCAGGAAGGUGCUCACCUUGGACACCAUGAACGCCAACGUGAAGAAGGUGGAGUACGCGGUGCGGGGCCCCAUCGUGCAGCGCGCCAUGCAGCUGGAGAAGGAGCUGAGAGAGGGAGUGAAGAAACCCUUUACCGAGGUCAUCAAAGCGAACAUUGGAGAUGCCCAUGCCAUGGGUCAGCAACCCAUCACCUUCUUCAGACAGGUCUUGGCUUUGUGCUCGUAUACAGACCUGCUGGAUAAUAGCAAGUUUCCUGACGAUGCCAAAGCUCGUGCACGGAGCAUUCUGAACGCCUGUGGAGGAAGCAGUAUCGGCGCAUACUCUGCAAGUCAGGGUAUCGGCUGCAUUAGAGACAGCGUGGCCCGCUACAUCAAGCAUCGGGACGGCGGCAUCUCUUGCGACCCGGACAACAUCUAUCUGACCACAGGCGCCAGCGACGGCAUCGUCACCAUGCUGAAGCUGCUGACAGCAGGUGAGGAUCGCACCCGUACAGGUGUGAUGAUCCCGAUCCCUCAGUACCCUCUGUACUCGGCUGCAAUAAGCGAACUGGGUGCUGUGCAGAUUAACUACUACCUGAACGAGGAGAAGUGCUGGAGUCUGGACAUCGCCGAGCUUCAGCACUCCCUACAGGCCGCCCGAGAGCACUGCAACCCACGAGUCCUGUGCAUCAUCAACCCAGGCAACCCAACAGGGCAAGUCCAGAGCAGGGAGCUCAUCGAGGAUGUGAUCCGAUUCGCUGCCAAGGAACAUCUCUUCCUCCUGGCUGAUGAGGUGUAUCAGGAUAACGUGUAUGCCGAAGGUUGUACCUUCCACUCUUUUAAGAAGGUGUUAUUUGAGAUGGGGCCUGAAUUCUCCAACACAGUGGAGCUGGUUUCAUUCCAUUCCACCUCUAAGUGUUACAUGGGAGAGUGCGGUUUACGAAGUGGCUAUAUGGAGGUGAUAAACAUGGACGAGGAAGUGAAAGCUCAGCUCACUAAGCUGGUGUCCGUGCGUCUGUGUGCUCCUGUGCCAGGUCAAGUGCUCAUGGCCCUGGUGACGAACCCUCCUCAGCCUGGAGAGCCAUCACACGCUCUGUUCAUGAAGGAGCGCACAGCCACGCUGAACAACCUGGCACAGAAAGCCAAGCUGACCGAGGACAUUCUGAACACGGUGCCAGGGAUCAGGUGCAACCCUGUGCAGGGGGCUAUGUACUCAUUCCCUCGCAUCAUGCUGCCUGAGCGAGCCGUAGAGGUAGCAAAGAAGAAGCACCAGGAACCAGAUAUGUUCUAUUGUAUGAAGCUUCUGGAGGAAACGGGGAUCUGUGUGGUUCCUGGCAGUGGGUUUGGGCAAAAAGAUGGAACCUAUCACUUCAGGAUGACCAUCCUACCACCGGCUGAUAAACUCAAGAUUUUGCUCAACAAAGUGAAAGAGUUCCAUCAGCGGUUCACCAAGGAGUACUCUUAACACUGCCACGCAACUUUCUCAACAUGGUUGAUCAGCCAAGUGCCUGAACCUGCCAUCUUCUCCUUUUGAGUCUGGUUCCUCUCGAGGUUUCUUCCUCAUGUCGUCUGAGGGAGUUUUUCCUUGCCACCGUCGCCACAGGCUUGCUCAUUGGGGAUAGAUUAGGGAUAAAAUUAGCUCAUGUUUUAAGUCGUUCAAAUUCUGUAAAGCUGCUUUGUGAUAAUGUUUAUUGUUAAAAGCGCUGUACAAAUAAACUUGAUUUGAUCUUCUCUAGAGACAA